AGAGGGGUGAGGUGGUGUGAGAGAUCCAGGGGUCAGCUGAUCACCAUAUGAAUGACCUUUGGUUCACCUGUUAGCCUGUGUUCUACCUUCUGUUCCACAGCACCAUGUGCGGUCACUGGGUUCAUUUGCAUACAUUUAUCAGAGAUGUUAUUCAAAGUAUUUCAACUGUCAUUCAUGGAGGACAAUGCUCUUGAGAGCCAGUAAAACAUAUAGGGAACAUUCACUGAGUAGAUACAGUAUGUCUUUAUGUAAAAUGGUGAGAUGACUGCUGUGUUUGUCUGGGAGUGAACCUGUGGGUCUGGACAUUGUAGUUGUGUUAGUGUCUUGGCCUGUCCUUGGUCCAGCUCCCCCCAUGCAGAGCUAAUCCCUUUAGUGUUUUGUUCUGGUCCUCUGGACCUCUCCAUCGCCCUGGCAUCAUCACAGGAGGUUAAUAGGCAGUACAGUACCAUGAGACCGGGCUAAACCAGACCAGACCAGAGACACAUGCUCUCUGUCUGUCAGCAGGCACUAGACCGAAAGGAAUUGGCUCAGAUUUAAAGUUCACGUGUUUUAUGAGAAUCAUAAUUUUUUUAAUCUUCACGUUUUCAUAUUUUCAAAAGAACACCUUGUGAUAAUGUCUGACAAUCUUCUCCUCUCUCCUUUUUUAGGAGGACGUUUCCCAGAGGCCCCAGUAAAGCACAUCCUGUCCAUUUCCCUGUGUAGUGGUCCCCACUGGCAGAGGAUUGCUUUCUACUUGCAGACACUUUCACUGCUCAGUGGCAUAUCCAUACCCUGGGUGAGAUAGAGUAGCCCACAGGAGAAAGUCAACCCUUUCUUACAACGCACUCGCUCUCCCAGGCCUUUUAUCCCUCUAAGAGAGCCCCUCCCUGGGGUCAUGCCUAUCCUACUCACUGCCGACGUCUCCUUCAGCUCCAAGCAGGAGCUGCUGGACCCCCAGGACGGCCCUAUGUGCCCCUCCCUAGAGACACCCAGCCCUGUAGACUCUCAGGAGGACAGCCCAGUGGGUUCAGGCCCCGGCAGCGCCGCGGGAAACAGCCCCGCUCGCCACAUCAUCCUCACCCGGGCUGCUACCCCACUGCCUGGACAGCUUUACACGGGCCAAGCACCCACGGAAACCCCACUGGGCCUCACAUUCAUCCCCACACACUCAGAAGGCCUGUGUGGCUGGGGGGCUCUGACGCCCCGAGCCAUCCAGACCUUCAACACCCCUCGCUGGGUACUGUUCUUCCUUUGUGUGGCCUCCUUCCUCCAGGGCAUGAUCAUCAACGGCUUCAUCAACACUGUGGUGACCUCCAUAGAGAGACGUUUUGACCUGCGCAGCUACCAGACCGGUCUCAUCGCCAGCUCCUACGACAUUGCUGCCUGUGUGUGCCUGGCCUUCGUCAGUUACUUUGGUGGGACGGGGCACAAGCCUCGCUGGCUGGGCUGGGGAGUGCUGGUCAUGGCGCUAGGAUCUCUGGUGUUCGCCCUGCCUCACUUCACCACUCCCCCGUACCAGGUAAGCAUGCCCGAGCAGACAGGGGUGUGUACGGGGAACCGUACCAGACGUUGCCAUGAUAACGAGGGUGGGGGCCUGUCCAGCUACCGCUUUGUCUUCAUGCUGGGCCAGUUCCUGCAUGGGGUGGGAGCCACGCCCCUCUACACUCUGGGCGUCACCUACCUGGACGAGAACGUCAAGUCCAGCUACGCUCCGGUGUACAUCGGGAUCUUCUAUACAGCAGCCAUCGUGGGCCCAGCUGCAGGGUAUCUUCUAGGAGGAUACUUCCUUAACAUCUACACAGAGAUCCACAUGACGACGGAGCUGACUCCAGAGAACCCUCUGUGGGUGGGGGCCUGGUGGAUUGGCUUCCUGGCAGGAGGCGCAGCAGGGCUGGUUGUCGCCCUGCCCAUCCUGGGUUACCCACGCCAACUACCAGGCUCUCAGAAGUAUGUGGCCAUGCGUGUGUCUGAGACCCACCAGCUGAAAGAUGGCAGUCAGGCCAGUGCAUCAGACCCUCAGUUUGGGAAGUCAGUGAAAGACAUGCCCAGGUCAGUGUUGCUCCUGCUGAAGAACCCUCCCUUCCUCUUCCUGUGUCUGGCGGGGGCCACAGAGGCCACCCUCAUCGCUGGCAUGUCCACCUUCGGCCCCAAGUUCCUCGAGUCUCAGUUCAGUCUGAGUGCAUCUGAGGCAGCCACCUGGUUUGGCUACAUGGUGGUACCCGCUGGUGGAGGGGGCACUUUCCUGGGUGGCUACAUCGUGAAGAAGCUGAACCUCCGUUGCCGUGACAUCAUUAGGUUCUGCAUGGUGUGUGCCGUCAUCAGUCUUCUUGCCAUCUUCAUCUUCCUCAUCCACUGUCCCAACGUCCUCAUGGCCGGGGUGACUUCCCCCUACCGCAGCAACCUGCCACCGGGUCAUCAGUACAAUGAACAGUACUAUGAGCCAGCCCACAACCUCCACAACAGUUCUUGGUUGGGGGACAACCUGAUGGUGGGCUGUAAUGCAGACUGUCACUGUUUACGAGAGCUCUAUAACCCAGUCUGUGGAUCCGAUGGUGUGAUGUAUUACUCCCCUUGCCAUGCAGGCUGCAGCACAGUCAACCACACGGAGGUCUCCACAGGUAGACAGGUGUACUCGGGCUGCAGCUGUGUGGUGGGGGGGAACGUCACGUCGGGGCAGGAGGGUCUGGCUCUGGAUGGGAAAUGCACCAGCUCCUGUAGUCACAUGCCAGCCUUCCUCACCUUCCUCUUCAUCAUCAUCUUCUUUACCUUCCUGUGUAGUAUCCCCGCCCUCACUGCUACCCUCAGGUGUGUCCCAGACAGCCAGAGGUCCUUUGGACUGGGAAUCCAGUGGAUCGUGGUGAGAAGUCUAGGUGGGAUCCCAGGCCCGAUAGCGUUUGGCUCUGUGAUCGACAUCUCAUGCCUGCUGUGGCAGGACCAGUGUGGAGAGCAGGGCUCCUGUUAUCUCUACCAGAACUCUGCCAUGAGCCGCUAUACACUCAUCGCUGGCAUCAUCUACAAGGUUCUCGGCAUGAUGUUCUUCCUGCUGGCCAGUGUUCUGUACAAGCCCCCUCCAGAGUCGCCCCAGAGCAGCUGUGAGAGCACCGACCACGGGGCAAGGGAUAGCGGGGGAGAGACGGGGGACCUCUCCAUCAAGGACCUUCCACCAAAAAUCAUCACCAAUGUACACGCCAGUUCCAGGUCUAGGAGAUGGAAGGAUGGUUCCAACCGUAGCCCUCUUCUCCUGCAGCCUGUGAGGCCUACUGUCCAACGUCAGUCUGACAAUGUUAUUACCGUGGAGCGCUCUCCUAAUGGCGAAGGAAGGUCGUUGGGCUGAAGUGUGCUGAGGCGCCAGUGAGAGUCAUUGGCCAAUGCCUCUCAUUGGUUUCAAAGGAGACUUUGAUCUGAACACUGUGGACUAUAUGCUGCUCUGCUGCUAUGGAGACGGACCACAACACAGUGCCUUCAAGAGCUGAGGGGGAGUCAAGACCGAUAGGUUUACUGUGUGUGUGUGUGUUGUAAGUGUGGAUGUGUUUAGAUGAAACAAAUGCAUGAGGAGGCUCGGUAUGUGACUGUGUUUUAACGAGCCUCCGUUAUAUUACGCUCUACUGUUGCUGUUGAAUGAAGAAGAAGAAGCAUACAAGCUAAACAGCAGAGUGGUGCUUUGUUGCAUUGACAUGGAUUGAGUUUUCACUGCAAGAUUACCGUGUACAUUUCUGUAAAUACGUAUUAUGUACCAACCAUCACCAUCUUUGUGAUUUACCAAUCCAUUUACCUUAUCCAAUUUUGUUGGACGUUAACUUCAAUCGGCUUCGUGCUUACUGUGUGUGUCAUCGUGUACUGUGUACUGUGUCAUCGUGUACUGUGUACUGUGAUAUGUAUUACUUUCCGACCCCACGUGUAUUACAGUUUUUCCCAAUUGUCAUUGAGACACGUUCUGAAACGACAUCUCAGGUACUCAAAAUUCUAAACACAAAAACAGCCAAUUUCCCCCAAACCCACAGACGUCUUGCAAAAUGAAACACAGCGAUCAUGUACUCCCUGCUCAAAGCGAAACUCUGAAUACAAAAGGAGACACACAUACAUCAAAUGAAUCUAACUUAGUGACAACUGAGAUCACACCGAUGUGACAUGUUCAAAACACUACUAUCUAUCGGGAUAAAGGUAAGACCCAGACGCAGACCGUGUCGAAGUAACAAUGUUUAUUACAGCAACGGAGGCAAAGGUACAGGACGGCAGGCAGAGUGAUCAGGUGGGUUCAGGAUCAGGCAGAGUGAUCAGGUGGGUUCAGGGUCAGGCAGAGUGAUCAGGUGGGUUCAGGGUCAGGCAGAGUGAUCAGGUGGGUUCAGGGUCAGGCAGAGUGAUCAGGUGGGUUCAGGGUCAGGCAGAGUGAUCAGGUGGGUUCAGGGUCAGGCAGAGUGAUCAGGUGGGUUCAGGGUCAGGCAGAGUGAUCAGGUGGGUUCAGGGUCAGGCAGAGUGAUCAGGUGGGUUCAGGGUCAGGCAGAGUGAUCAGGUGGGUUCAGGGUCAGGCAGAGUGAUCAAGUGGGUUCAGGAUCAGGCAGAGUGAUCAGGUGGGUUCAGGGUCAGGCAGAGUGAUCAGGUGGAUUCAGGAUCAGGCAGAGUGAUCAGGUGUUUUUUGUUUUGUUUGUUUUUUAUUAUUUUUUUUACAGGGACAGUGCACAUUAAUCAACGUUUCAGUAAAAGUGCCGGUUUUAGCCAGCCGGCUAAUUUUCAACCGCAGGUUAUUAAAAACAAUUACAAUAUAGACAAUAGCACCAUAGACAUAGCAACAUAGGACAAGCAAGACAUAGCAUACAGACAGAGCAACAUAGGACAAGCAAGACGUAGCAUACAGACAGAGCAACAUAGAACAAAAAGCAGCAAGACAAAAUUCAUAAAAGCAACAAAGUGUUUCCACACCUCACAAGCUACAGACAACAGACAACAUGGAAAGCGGCAACACACAGCUAGGGACCAUGUUCACAAAUCUGAUUGACCUUUAGCCAUGUCUUCAAGCAUUUUGUGAAAGUGUGAUAUGUGGUGCAGUUAUGUGUGUCUGAUGGCAGUGUAUUCCAGACAUGGGAAGCUCUCACAGAGAAUGCAGAUUUACUAAAGGUGCUUUUCCUUAGGGAACUAUACAGUCACCUCUCAUGGCAGACCUUGUGGAUCUGCUGCCAUAUGUCUGGGUUUUCUGUUUAACAAAAAUAUUGAGUGAAGGGGGAGCCAGGCCAGUAAGGAUCUUGAAUACAAGACAUGCGUCGGUGUAUUGCACAAGAUUUUCCCAACUCAAGAGCUCAUGCUUUCUAAGGAUGUGACAAUGAUGAUGGCUAUUGGGCUUCCUAUCAAGCACUUUGAGAGCCUGUUUGUAGACAGACUGAAUAGGUUUUAAUGUUGUACAGCAAGCUUGGGCCCAACUAGUCAAGCAGUAUGUUAAGUGGGGAGUAUCAUAGAUUUGAAGUACAGUUUUGCUACCUCUGUAGUCAAACAAUUUUGUAUAAAUCGGAAAUUAGCUAGAUUGAAUUUAGUUAUUUGAAUUACCUUUUUCACAUGCUUUUUAAAAGAGAGGUUGGAAUCAAGUAUGAUGCCAAGGUACUUAAAAUCGGAUACCACCUGGAGCUUCUCCCCUGACACAUAGACAUCUGGCUCAGUAGCAUCUGUUGCCCUCUUUGUUCAGGGUUCAGG